AGGCAGUAGCUUCAACAUUAAUGACACGCGCGUAAAGAGGGGCAUCAGUUUGCUUCUUUGAAAAGAACCUAGAUUUUCUAUAAUUGGUACACGAGGUUCCGUGCUGGCUGUGGUGAUUUUUCGCGUUGAGUUCCAGGGAAAAGCCAGAGAGAGAAAUAGAGCUAGAAUCAGAAUACAAAAACUCUGGCUUUUAUAAAUAUAUUUGAAGAAGAGGGAGACCAAGGAGUGGAAAGAGAGGGCCUUCUGGGAGAGGGAAGAAAGAGAGAGUCAGACAUGAUAGCAGAGAAUAUAAAUGAGGUGGAGAAUGAUAAGGUAGCUGUUGAGGUACCUGAAACUGCCCAUCAAAUUAGUACUGAUUCAUGGUUCCAGGCAGGUUUUGUCUUGACCACUGGUAUUAACAGUGUAUUUGUAUUGGGAUAUUCUGGGACCAUCAUGGUCCCUCUUGGCUGGGUAGGAGGUGUUGUCGGUUUAAUUUUAGCCACGGCUCUAUCAUUAUAUGCAAAUAUGCUUGUUGCCAAGCUCCAUGAAUUUGGGGGAAGGCGGCAUAUCAGAUACAGAGAUCUUGCAGCAUACAUAUACGGUAGGAAAGCUUAUUCUAUUACAUGGGCAUUGCAGUAUGUCAAUCUGUUCAUGAUUAACAUUGGAUAUCUCAUUUUGGGUGGUUCUGCUUUGAAGGCUUGCUAUAUUCUUUUCAGGGAUGACCAUACCAUGAAGCUUCCAUACUUUAUUUCCAUAGCUGGAUCUGUCUGUAUUCUGUUUGCCAUAGCAACACCCCAUCUGUCAUCUUUAAGAAUAUGGUUAGGAUGUUCAACAGUGCUGAGCCUGAUAUAUAUCAUUGUGGCAUGCGUGUUGGCAGCUAAAGAUGGAAUCAAGGCACCACCCAGAGAUUAUGGCAUACCAGGGACACCAACCAGCAGAAUUUUUACAACCAUAGGAGCAUCUGCAAAUCUUGUGUUUGCAUUUAAUACUGGAAUGCUUCCAGAAAUACAGGCAACAGUGAGGGAGCCUGCUGUGAAGAACAUGCUGAAAGCUUUGUACUUUCAGUUCACUAUGGGAGUUUUACCGAUGUAUGCUGUUACCUUUAUUGGCUACUGGGCUUAUGGAUCUUCAACAUCAACAUAUUUGCUAAAUAGUGUAAGUGGCCCAGUUUGGGUGAAGGCAGCUGCUAACAUUUCCGCCUUCCUGCAAUCGGUCAUUGCUUUGCAUAUAUUUGCAAGUCCAACUUAUGAGUAUUUGGACACAAAGUUUGGAAUUAGAGGAAGUGCCUUGAAAUUUGAAAACUUAUGCUUCAGAAUUGCAGCAAGAGGUAGCUACCUUGCUAUCAGUACACUGGUGUCGGCACUUCUCCCAUUCCUUGGCGAUUUUGAGAGCCUUACAGGGGCAUUGAGCACCUUCCCUCUAACAUUUAUCCUAGCAAACCACAUGUACCUAGUGGCAAAGAAGAACAAACUGAUUUCUUCCCAAAAGCUCUGGCAUUGGCUCAAUGUUGCUUUCUUCAGCCUCAUGUCUAUUGCAGCAGCAGUUGCAGCUUUAAGGCUCAUAGCUGUGGAUUCCAAAGAAUACCAUGUAUUUGCUGAUCUAUGAUAUCUACAAAGUCAAAUCCUAUUUACCAAGAAUAACAUCUCUAUUAUACAUAGUUAGCAAUUUCAGACUAGCAUUCCCUGAAUGAUAGUUCGUUCUUCCAUUUUCUUUCUCAUUUGCCUCAAGUAUGUAGGAAUUGAUUGAUAAGCUAUUCAUUUAACUUGCAUCCCCUUAUUCAACCAACUGUUGA